GAUAUAAAAAUUUACAAGCGUUGAAAGUUAAUUAUUUAUUAGUUAAAUUACUCGAAAGAAGAGAAAAUGAAUAAUUUAGACGCAAUGGAGCGAAAGAGCCUGUAAACGUAUACAUAUACGUAUGAUCUACAUGACCCCCUCCAAAUGUCAAGACUGCGUCGCUCCAGUCGACGUCAGUCGGUCUUCCGCGCUCGCUAGGGCCCGCGCACUUUCAGUCGUGUCUCACGACUUGCGCAUAUUCAUUCAUAUUUAAGUUAACUGUAUUUGUUUAUCAUUAAAAAAUAUAUAUAAUUGAUUGAUCGAUCGACACCAAGUAUUCAAGUAUUUAAAUACUAAAUACUAAAUUUAUUUAACGAGUUUUACAUUUAUCUAUCAGCACCUAAAGUAUAGGGCUGAAUAAAUAAAAAAUAUCCAAGGCCAUAAUCAUUACACAAUGAGUCGUACAGGAUAUACAUGUAUUAGACACGUCUUUUGCUCGAUGAACGUGCUCGUUUGGUUAUCGGCAUGUGGAAUACUUGGAGCAGUGCUUUGGCUACGAUUAGCCAAUUCAGGACUCGCUAAUUUAGUGCCACAGUAUAAUUAUGCAUCUGCUGACACAGUAUUUUUAAUUAUCGGAGGCGUUACAUUUGUCGUAGCGUUCUUUGGAUGUUGUGGUGCAUGGUUUCAAUCCAGAUUUAUGCUUAUAACUUACUUCAGCUUGGUAAUAAUGUUAUUCUUAGCUGAAUUUAUGCUUGGCGCAUUGACCUUUGUUUUUCGUGAACAAGUUUCCAGAAGUGUACAAGAUGAAUUAUUGUUGGGAAUUCAUAAACAUUAUAAUGUAACACGUGAACCUGGUACUCUUCCCGCACUGUGGGAUCAUAUCCAUCAAGGAUUACACUGCUGCGGUGUUCGAGAUUACACAGACUGGUUCCAAAUCGACGCAUGGCCAACAGAAGACCGCGUCCCUGACUCUUGUUGCAUAAAACGGGAGCGUUACUGCGGACGACUAGACCCGGAGGGCAGGAACAAAGAGUCCUGGUACAAAGAAGGAUGUGCAUCAGCCAUUCAAACGUGGGUUAUACAAAGACUCCACGUGCUGGGAACUGUAGGCUUAAUCGUCGGAUUCCUCCAGCUCUUUGGGCUUGUCACUAGUAUGAUUCUCUUCUGUACCGUGAAACACAAGCGAUCUUCCCACAGCUACAAGAGCUACGACACAAGUGCCAGCUAGGAACGCGCGUGGAUCCCAGCCUACGGGAUCCACGAUAAUUCUAUUGAUGAAACUACUACAUGAGUAUUUUUAUUAUUAAUUUUAUUACUACAAUAAACAUCCAAAGCCGCCAUGAGCUUUACACUUGUGCCAAUGCAUAAGUAUUUACUAAUAAUAAUAAUAAUAACAAUAAUUAUUAUUGUCAUAAAUAAAAAAAUUUUUUUUUUCAGAGACUGCAUGUAUUUUAAAAAAGUUUAUUAUUAUUAUUAUUAAUUAAUUAAUGAGCUUUAAUAUUUGGUAAUUACCAAAAAUAUCCAAAGUUGCUUUAUAUAUAUAUAAAUUUUUGUUUAGUUAUUAUAUUUUAUAGUUUUAAAAUAAGAGCCAUAAUUACACUGUAAAAAAUUUUCAAAGUGAAUGCGAUUUAAAUCGUGAGUGAAUUUAAUCCCCUCGGAGUGAAAUUUACUCCGAAGGGGAGAUAAUUCAUGUACCUGAAGAUCGGAACGUUUGAAAUUUAUGUAAUUUGACUGCUUAAAGGUGCAUAAGGAGUAAUUAAAGAUGGCGGCGAUUUUCAGCUGACAUACUAGCACUUAUGCGAAAUAUUUCAGAAAUCUAGAUCUAGUUAAUUUUUCACUUUUCAUUUUCGUUCCGCGAAAAACGUUACGAUCUUCAGGUAAAUAAUAUUAAUGCAGAUUAAAAUAAAAUCCAGAUCCCUCCGAAAUCACUUCGCUGAAAAAAAAACUCCGUAUUUACUCCGUAUGCGGAGUGAUUUUUUUAAAAAAUUCCGAGUCCGGAUU